GUCAAUCGCUGCUACUGCCUACUGCUCUCUCCAAACCCCUCCAACUCUCUAACGGAAAACACUUUCCCUUACCAUCUAUCUCCUUACUUCAUUCCCUAUAUCUCCUCCCUUUCCAUCUACUUUCUCUUCUUGUCUUGUUUGCCCACCCGCAACCAUCUCUUUCUUCUUUCUUUUCUUCCUCAAUCUCAUCUCAAUACCCUUUCUUUUUCUUUUUGAUUUCUAUGUUUCUUUUUCUUACAGCUACCUUCUAUUAUUACUUUAUUAGGUGAAAGAUCAUCAACGGGUUCAUUUUUGGAGACUCUUCCAGCUCCACUCUUGGAUAUACACAAACAAACGUAAUUAAUAGUUAGGGCUAGGGUUUGGUUGGAUCUUUCUUAAUUUAUAGUUUGCUUCUUGUUGUAAUAUUCAUCAGCAGAGAUCAGAUGUGCACCAGAGGCCACUGGAGACCUGCUGAAGAUGAGAGGCUGCGGGAGUUGGUGGAACGCUAUGGCCCCCAUAAUUGGAACGCCAUAGCCGAAAAGCUUCAAGGGAGAUCAGGAAAAAGUUGUAGGCUGAGAUGGUUCAACCAGUUGGAUCCGAGAAUCAAUAGAAGCCCUUUCACGGAAGAGGAAGAAGAACGGCUUUUAGCUUCUCACAGGAUCCAUGGGAAUAGAUGGGCUGUUAUUGCCCGGCUUUUCCCUGGUCGCACUGAUAACGCUGUAAAGAACCAUUGGCAUGUCAUCAUGGCUCGUAGAUGCAGAGAACGAUCCAGGCUCUACGACAAAAGAUCUGUACUUGCUCUCUCUAACACUGCUACAACCAUUCACAAUGACCAAAAACCUUCCUCAAAACCAUUAGAUCAUGCUGUCCACUCUCAGAUAACUAAUAGUUGUGCUCCACUUUUCGAGAAAUACAAGCAAGGAUUCCCUCACACUCACGUCUUGAAACAGUUUUACGCUCAGAAUCCAAGCCAUUGUGUUACAAUCACUGAAGACAAAAAUCAGCCAAUUGAAUUCUAUGAUUUCCUUCAAGUAAAUACAGACUCCAAUAAAAGUGAAGUGACAGACAACAACGCCAGGAGAGAUGAUGAGGAGGUAGAUCAGGAAGCUAUGGCACAGCAGAGCAAGGGUGGGGCUUCGUUCAUCGACUUCUUAUCCGUCGGAAGCUCAUCGUAACGUUUGUGUCUCGACCAUUCACAGUCACAUAUAUGUCUUUGUAAAAAAAUCAUCACUUACAUUACAUGAACACAUUAUACAAAAAAAAAAAAAAA